AGUUUAUCUCAUUCGUAUAUAAAAGGAAGGUUGAUUCCCUAAGGAAAUAUACAAGCUCGUUUAACUUCUCGUCAUUCAACAUGUUCUUCAAGAUCCUCCCUUUUAUUCCAAUCUUCCUUGGAAUUUCCGAGGCUGCAACUCUUGGAACUGAAAGCCGCAUUGUAAAUGGAACAGAUGUCCCACAAGGCAAAUAUCCUUUCCAGAUUUCACUGAAAUCUUUGGGAUCUCAUUCUUGCGGCGGUUCUAUCCUGAACAAUGAAUAUGUUUUGACCGCAGCUCACUGUGUUGAUGGCCGUUCUCCAGGGAGCUUGACUGUAGUGGCCGGUUCGGUUGUUCUUUCGCAAGGAAUCUCAUACCAAGUCACUGAAAUAAUUGUGCACGAAAAAUGGUCUUCAUUUGAUUCUAUCAAUGAUAUCGCCAUUCUCCGAGUCACUCCUCCGUUAGACUUCAGUGACCCUUCAAUAGGUCCUGUGUCACUGCCAGGUCAAUAUGACCAAACAAUUGCAGACAAAGUCGCAACCGUCAUUGGAUGGGGACUUGACGAAUCCGGCGGCACCAUUCAAGAAAUUUUGAAGGAGGUCGAUAUUUUUGUCUUCUGCGACGAGGAAUGCUAUGAUAUUCAUGGCGCCAGGUACAAUCCGAAAAACGUCUGCGCUGGCAUCAGAGAAGGCGGAAAGGGACAAUGCAAUGGUGAUUCCGGUGGACCACUUAUUGUUGAUGGAAGACAAAUUGGCAUUGUCUCCUGGUCUAUAAAGCCGUGCACGAUCGCACCUUACCCUGGCGUCUAUACUCAAGUGUCACCUUUCAUUGAUUGGAUCAACUCGAAAAUUAGUACUGCAUAGCUAAUUAUUUGUAUAUUUAUAAAAUAAUGUUCGUACAAAAAUAAAGCGAAAAUAAAAAUUCAAA